GCAGGGGAGGAGGAGGCAGCAACAGCAUCUUCCAGCCUGCCAUCGUCGUGUAUACAGGACAGCACAAACAUCCAGAUACCGUUGUUAAGGAGGAAAGAAAGCAAAUAAAGACGUUAUUUCGAGACUCACAGGAUGACCAAAGAGGACACAGAGGUGGAGGAGGCCCAGCCAGCCUCAGAGUAUCAUAGCCCGGUUCUGGAGACCCGGAAGCGGCCCAUGGUCCACCCGUCUGCCCCAGCUCCACUCCCAAAGGACUAUGCUUUCACAUUCUUUGAUCCAAAUGACCCAGCCUGCCAGGAUAUCCUUUGUGACCCCCGUACCACCAUCCCAGAGCUCUUUGCCAUUAUCAGACAGUGGGUGCCACAGGUGCAGCACAAAAUCGACGUCAUUGGCAACGAGAUCUUGAAGAGAGGUUGCCAUGUCAAUGACCGAGACGGACUGACAGACAUGACCUUGCUGCACUACAGCUGCAAGGCUGGCGCCCAUGGAGUUGGUGACCCCGCUGCAGCCCUGCGGCUGUCCAAUCAGCUGAUUGCCCUGGGUGCUGACGUGGGCCUACGCAGCCGCUGGACCAAUAUGAAUGCCCUGCACUACGCAGCCUACUUUGACGUGCCGGAGCUCAUCCGCGUCCUGCUCAAGGCCUCUAAGCCAAGGGUGCUCAACUCCACCUGCAGUGACUUCCACCACGGCACCGCCCUCCACAUCGCCGCCUCCAACCUGUGCCUGGGAGCAGUCAAGUGUCUACUGGAACAUGGGGCCAACCCCACUGUCAGGAAUGACAAAAGCCAGGGCCCAGCGGAGGUGGUGCCAGAUCCCAUGGACAUGAGCCUGGACAAGGCAGAGGCGGCCAUGGUGGCCAAGGAGCUGAAGCAGCUCCUGCUGGACGCCGUGCCGCUAAGCUGCAACCUGCCACGCGCCACCCUGCCCAACUACGACAACAUCCCCGGCAACCUCAUGCUCACGGCGCUGGGGCUCAAACUGGGGGACCGGGUCCUCCUGGAUGACCUGAAGCUUUCCAAAAAAUCUUGCAGCGAUGUCUCCACUUCUCUGCAACAUGUGAAGCAGACUGGCACCCUGCGCUUCUGCGGGACAACAGAGUUUGCCAGCGGGCAGUGGGUGGGUGUGGAGCUUGACGAACCCGAGGGUAAAAACGAUGGGAGCGUGGGAGGGGUUCGCUACUUCAUCUGCCCCCCCAAACUCGGUAUUUUUGCCCCAGUGUCUAAAAUCACCAAAGCCACAGACCAGACCCCCUCCUCUGUCACCUCCACCCCAAAAACCCCACGCAUGGACUUCUCUCGCGUCACCGGAAAAAACAAGAAGGAGAAGAAGGAGAAAGAGAAGGAGAAAGAAAAAGCUCAGCGGAAGAAGUCCCUGUCCACAGGGUGCCUGGACCCUGAAGGGGUUAAGAUAGAGCUGGGGGACCAGGUGCUGGUGGCUGGACAGAAACAGGGAAUCAUACGCUUCUAUGGCAAGACAGACUUCGCUCCAGGAUACUGGUUCGGGGUAGAGCUGGAACAGCCGACCGGGAAGCAUGAUGGCUCAGUGUUUGGGGUCCGCUACUUCAGUUGCCUGCCCAAAUAUGGAGUCUUCGCCCCUCCAUCCCGUGUGCAGAGGAUUGGUGGACCCAAAGACACUCAGAGCGAUGGAACUCUGGUGAAGAAAGUUCACCAGGUCACUAUGUCCCAGCCAAAACGUAACUUUGCUGCAAUGAGAACGCCCAAGGACAUCACGUCGGAGAGCUCCAUAUCCAGGUUACUGUUCUGUUGUUGGUUCCCCUGGAUGCUGCGUGCUGAGAUGCAGUCUUAACCAUACCCUUCCUCUUCCUCAUCUUCCUCCUCUGCGUCCUGGACAGGCCAACUGCUCUCUUCCUCACAGCAUCUGUCCAUCAUUUCUGCUUAUUCUCUGAGAACCAACCAGACUGUUGCUGUCAAUAUUACCGUAGUGAACCACCACCCCCUCCGCCCCUUACCCCCCCCCUUACCCCUGCCCCCAGCCCCUGUUCGCAAUCCUAUAGCAAAAUCUAGUGCCUUGUAUCUUAACUAAUGUCCUGCAUUCCGUUUGUUACACUAACAGAAAAUAUAAAAAAAAAAUUAAAAAAAAUAGUUGGGGAACAGUACAAAGAGCAAAUAAUAUAUAGAGAACUCUUAGUUUUAUAAGUUUCCCGUUCGUAAAUUUUUCUUCUUUGGUGUUGAUUCUUGAUGUUAAUUGUUGCCAAAAUCAUCUGAACAGUCAGACAAAUUAGCAAACUGCUUUAAUCUUAAAAAAACAUAUAUAGAGAGCUUCCACUAAUAACAGCUCAAAUGAAUUUUAAUGUAACCAGGCCUUGUUUCUGAAGUUUUUGUGAGCAUAUGCUGCUACUUUUGUAUUGCUGUUUCUUAUUUUCCACGUAUGUGCUUCAAGAUACAAAAACCUGUUCAUCCUAAUUAUACUAAACAGCUUGGCCACAUUCAUGUUAAUUCCACUAAGCCUCUCAUUCCUCUUAGCAGCAGAAGGAACCUGGCUUGUACUGUUCUGUACAGAUAAGAUCCGAGCAGGAACCAAGAAAUGGUUCCCAAAACUCAAGACGCCCAUUGCAUUCAUGGUGUAGAAAACAGCUUUUGUUACACAAUUUAUUUCUUCAGCUUAAUUAAGUUGCUAUACUAGUAUAAAUAAGCAUUUUUAUGCUGUUUAUUAUGGCAAGUUCUACCAUUGCGAUGUUUGGCACCUUUAACAAAAUGAUUAUUCUUGCCUUUUUCAGUGACCAGAGCAAAAACAAAACUGUGCAUUUCUUCAGGAACCCCUAUAACACAGCUACCUAAUAACACUGUAUUUCAACUGAAAUGUAAGUGCAAUUUUUAAUUUGUCUACGAUUUCAUUUUGAGCCUUAAAAUGCAAUCAUUUGAGGGGGUCCAUGGAGAAUGGCUUCCGCCGCAGUAAUUUAAUUCUACAUUAAAUUCCACAAUAUGUGAACCGCCUACCACCAAAUUAUAUGUGAGAAGUUUAUUUUUUAAGUCACUCUACAUGGAACAGGCCUGAAAUACUUAGAUCAGCAUGUUAAGUAGCUUUUAUCAGUACAAUCAGUACCCUGAACACACACAGUACUUUGAUAUGGCAACAAACCAAGAAAUGUUCACCCAGGAAUUAAUGCACAUUGCCUCUUGCUCUACCAAAAAAAAAAAAAAGGAAAAAAAAGAAAAAGAAAAUAUAAAAAUGUCUGAGUAGCUGUCUGUAUCCUGUCACAGUACAUUUGUGAGAGCACCUGGCUUCCCAGCAAACCCCUAAUAUUUCCACAAUCUUGCUAUCGCACAGACUUGUACAGGCUUACGGCUUACCCAUCGCUACAAUAUGGCGAGACCGUUCGUUUCCCAGUCGAGCCCUUCUGUGACUCCAGAAACCGCACAAUCAGUUGCUUCUUGCCCCAUAAAUGCCAACAACAUUCUGGCAGUGCAAGGAGCACCUGCCAGUUAAGCAGCACUCCUGUGAGUUCCCCCAUUGUGCACUCCCCAUGUUAAGCUUUGGUAGGUCCAGUGAAUGUGUGCUUAGAAAUGAACUCUCCCAUCUCCGUCAAACGUCUUUAUCACUGUGCUUGUGGAGAAACUGAAUUAUGCCUCUGUGUUAACUGGUAUUGUGAACAUUGCUAGUGAUCUACAUACUCGCACCAGAGGAAUGGGGGAAUCUCAUUCAGACACACACGUACAUGUAUUGAUGCUGCACUGAACAGCAAAGGUGGGCCUGUCUGGAUAUCAGUUUGAAUAUCUGCAUUAGUACAAUAUUUGUCCUGUGAAAAAAUAAACUCACUCCAGCUAAGAAGUGCAGUUGUACUUUUUCAGUGCUGUUGUGACAUUGCUAAAGCAGCACAGUACAGGUGUGAAAGCUUAAUGCGCAUCACUGGAUGAUACUUCUUAAGGUAGGUGUUUCCCCUGAAAGUAGUUCAGGUAGAAAUAUGACCAGCUCACCUCUGGAUAGGGGGCUUAGCUGGGCCAAGGGUACCGUUCAGGGUUUUUAUGAUUCAAGAGACAGGCAUCUGUAUAUUUAAAGAUGAGUCACCUUCAUAUCUCAGAGAGGAUAUUUAAAAUUGUGUACAAUUUCAUUUUUAAUUUACCUUAAUGUUAGCUCCUCUAGAGCUUUGUGAUACACCAUUAUAAUAAGGGAUUGCUUUUGGCUCCUAUUGCUGUUUGUGUUGCUGUAUACUUGUUCUGUGAAACUGAGAGGUGUCAAAAUGGAGGGCACCUAGGUGUCCUUGUGUGUUCAACUGUUAUAUUAUUGAGCAAAUGACAGGCAUUACAUACAUAACAUGACUAACUACCAUAACAUGGAGCAAGUGUUCCUUCCUGAUUUUCUUUCAUUUUAGUUGUAUAUAUAUUACUGGAAAUUGUUGGUUGUCUGGAGCUUGUUAAGGUGCAAAUUCUGUCCUGUACUUUAUUGAGGUAUUCAAGAUUUUCAGAUUUUCUAUUCAAGUAAAGUUGUUUGUACAUUUGAACAAGAUAUGAAUAUGAUCCCUAAUAACAGAUAUAGGGCCAACUCAUAACAUCUCUUACUUGGGUAGGUACGAUACCAGAAAUUCUGAAUUUCCACAGAUUUUCUCCCUGAUAACAGAUCUUAAAAAUGUGAUACAUCACGUUCAUCACUUGAAAUGAUCCUUCUGAACUUCUGAAUAUGAUAUAAUUCAGGACAGUCCGGGAAUCUUUCAGUAGUCUUUUCUCUUUUAACUGUGUAUAUGUCAAAGUUUGAUUGUGCUGGUCUCUACUCAGAUCUUUGCUGAAAUAACUGAACAAUAUCUGCAAAGUCAUGGAUUUUAAAAUGUCCUGAUCAUGGUUAUCUGUGAAAUUAUGAUUAUUGUUUGUGGUUUUAGGUAAAUGCAUUUUUGUUUUCUGUCAGCAAAUAUAGAUAUAUAUUAAUAAUUUCACUAAGUGUACUUUCAAUUUAUUUACCUUUACGUGUCUAUUCGAUUGCCAGUGUAAAUUGGCAAGAUUACUUCCACAUGUUAUUUAUUUAAAUUUUAACUAUCCUCUGUUCAAUAGAAAGAUAGUAUGUGGGGAUUGUACUGUUGAAGUUAGUACUGGUGUCUCUGAAAUGAAUAUUUACUUGUCAAAUACUGCAUGCUCUCAGCAUCUUCUGUCUUUUUUCAAAGGUGUAUUUCAGCAUGAAAAUGCUUACAGUUAUUAAUACUGACUGAAUAAUAAAAGUAACUUUGAUGUG